AUGUCACAAAAUUCAGGACCGUUUCUUGUUUCUUCACAUGGACCUCCAGGAUUUCAUCCACGAUUACCAUCAUCAUCAUCAUCACCAACAUUAAAACGAACAAGUAAUGGUCCAUUAUCGAUUGGUAAUUCACCAAAUACAUCUAUGAGUACAAAUUUAAAUGUUUCAACACCACCUUCACUAAUACGAUCAAGUAAUUCAAUGGGAACUUUAAAAUCAACAAAUGUUAAUAUGAAUCCAAUGGAUAAAUCAAAUUCAAUGCCUUAUACAUCUCGUUAUACACGUAAAGCUUGGCCAAUGUCACGUAAUAUUCAUGACAAAAAUAUUCGAGGAUAUGAUGAACAUGAACUUCCAUAUAAUCGUCCUGGUUUGCCAAGUCAUAAUGUUCCUCCAUCUGAUAAUCUUAAUAAUUCAUCAUUUACAAUUGAACCAUCAACAGAUGAUGACGAAGCAGAUGAUAUUAUUUUUUCUUCACGUCAUAUGGCUGCUGCACGUUUUCAACGUAAUCAACGUUUAUUAUGUGAAAUAUUUAAUGAAGUAUGUAUACCUGAUUUACGAUCAAAUAUAAAUGUUGAUCGUAUAUUAACAUUACGUCGACAAGUUGAUGCACUUAAAACACAUCGUCAAACAUUUGAAAAAGAUUUAAAUGAAUUAGAAGAAAAACAUGCUGAAAAAAAACGAAAAUUUUUAGAAUCUAAUGAAAAAUUUUAUAAUGAAUAUAAUGAAGCAUCAUCAACAAAUUUAAGUCAAGAAAAAAUUAAUGAAAUCUUACAAAAAUAUGAAGCGAUAGAAAAAUUACAAAAAGAAAAACAAUUACUUUUACAACAACAACAACAACAAACUGUGACAAUACCACCACAACAACUACCUCCACCAGCACCACUACCUGCAACAACAGUAUCUCAACCAAUAUCACAUUCAGUAACAAAAACUGAGCCUGUACCUAUCGUUGAAGUUCCGCAACAGCAAACACCAACGCCUCCACCACCUCCUAUUCAAACUCAAUUACCACCCUCUCAAUCUGUCCCACAUUCGUUACCAUCUACUCAAUCUGUACCAUCUUCAUUACCACAUGCUCAACAUUUACCACCUCCGUUACCACCUGUACCAUCUUCGUUACCAACUCCUCAAUCUAUGCCAAGUCAAUUACCACCAUCUCAGUCUUUACCUAGUCAAUUACCAUCAUUACAAGCUGUUCAAUCUCAAAUGCCAUCUUCUCAACCCGUACAACCUCAGCUACCACCACCACAACCUCCUGUAAUGCCACAAGUUCCACCACUAACACAACAACAACAACAACAACCAACAACAACACCUCAAGGUUAUCCAAUGAUGCAUCCAGCAGGAGGUUAUCCACCAGUACCUGGUUAUGUUCAUCCUCAACAAACUCAAUAUCGACCACCAAUGAAUCAACGAUCAGCACAAUAUCCGUCUAAUGUUCAAUGGCAACAACAACAAUGGCAAGCAAAUGCAUACGAUUCUCGUUAUUACAAUCCAUAUCCACCAAAUGUUCAAUGGCAACAACAGCAACAACAACAGUGGCCACCAACUCAACCUCAGCAACCAAUGGGUGUUGUUUCACAACAACAACCAUCACAAAUGCGUGGUCCUCCUCAUCAACAACAACCGCCAAUGUAUGCUAAUGGCGUUCAUUAUGGCUAUGGUGGAACAAGUGCUGGAUGGAAUCCUAAUACACAUCCACCGCAACAAUAUGGUUAUCCAUCAAAUCCAUCUUAUGAUCCAACACUUGUAUCAGCACCACCACAACAACAAUAUUAUCCAUCACCAUCACAAAUGCAUAAUCCUCCACAAGGUUAUGAUUAUGGUCCAUCACCAUCUCAACAACAAAUACCUCCUCAAUAA